CAUCUUUCCUCCCCUCCAUUCUCCGCUCCCCCCCACCCCCUCUCUCUCUCUCUCUCUCUCUCUCUCUCUCCCUCUCACUUUGAAUCCCUUCUGCGACCAUUUGCAUAUAUGAAAGACGGAUCAAGAAGAGGAUGUGGUGGUGGCGGCAACAGAGGCCGGGAUCUUUUCGAAGAAGCUGGCGGUGGCCUACCCCGGCCCUCCAAGUUCUCAGCGCUCAUGCACUCCGAGCCCCUCGUCAGGUCCACCAGUGAGGAAGAGUUUCCCACCCGCCACAGCAACGGCUCCGCCGCCAGCCCCGGCUAUUAUUCUGACCACAGCUCCUCCACCACCCUCACACAAACCUCCUCUGCCGACAGUUCCCCUUUCCGCUUGUCGCCCUGGAACCACGAACCUGCCACCAACCUCUUCUUCGAUUCCUCUGGCGGCCCUCCUGCUCCCAUGGCCACCACUGCCACCGACCUCUUCAACUCCGGCACCGGCCUCGUCGGCUCCCUCGUCCGCGAGGAAGGCCACAUCUACUCCCUCGCCGCCACUGGCGACCUCCUGUACACCGGAUCAGACAGCAAGAACAUCCGAGUGUGGAAGAGGCAGAAGGAAUUCUCUGGUUUCAAAACGGCAAGCGGCCUCGUGAAGGCCAUCAUCAUCUCCGCCGACCACCGCGUGUUCACAGGCCACCAGGACGGCAAGGUCAGGGUCUGGAAGGUCUCCCCCAAGAAUCCGCGCGUCCACAAGCAUAUCGGCACGCUCCCGCGGCUCAAGGACCUGCUGAAGAGCUCCAUGAACCCAAGCAACUACGUCGAGGCCCGGUGGCGCCACCACCGCUCCGCUGUCUGGAUCCGACACAUCGACGCCGUGUCCUGCCUCUGCUUGAGCGAGGACCAGAGCUUGUUGUACUCGGGGUCGUGGGACCGGACGCUGAAGGUGUGGCGCGUGGAGGACCUGCGGUGCAUCGAGUCGGUGAACGCCCACGACGACGCCGUCAACGCGGUGGCGGUGGGGUUCGACGGGCUGGUCUUCACCGGCUCGGCCGACGGCACGGUGAAGGUGUGGAGGAAGGAGGAGGUGCCCAAGCCGGACAAGAAGAAAGGAUGGAAGAAGCCAGGCGGCCUGACGAGGCACGAGCAUGCGCUGACGCUCGUGCGGCAGGACAUGGCGGUGACGGCGCUGGUGGUAAACGCGACGGCGGGGGUGGUAUACGGGGGGUCCUCCGACGGCGGGGUCAGCUGGUGGGACCGGAGAGGGGUCAAUGGAGCAGGCAGGUGCGGCGGGGUGCUCCGGGGGCACAAGGUGGCGGUGCUGUGCCUGGCGGUGGCGCGGAGCCUGGUGUUCAGUGGGUCCGCGGACAAGACGAUAUGCGUGUGGCGGCGGGAGGGGGAAGGGGGACACGUGUGCCUCUCGGUGCUGACGGGGCACACGGGGCCGGUCAAGUGCCUGGCCGUGGAGCCGGACGCUGACGACGGCGGGGCGGGGAUGUGGGUGGUGUACAGCGGGAGCUUAGACAAGUCCGUCAAGGUGUGGAAGGUGGCGGACAGUCAUCCACCGCCGCGGCGGCAGCAGUGGGACUCCGAUGCCGCUUCGCCCUACGAGGAGCGGGACGCGCCACGCUUCGAUACGUAUUGAUCGAAGGGAGAGACUGGCAUGGCCUCAACCGUCAUUGUAUCCAAGAUUACACCGUUAUCUGAUUCCUGAAAAUAAUCUAAUAACUUUUCAACUGUUUUCAUGAGAAGAUAUUGCCAAGUUUAUUGGUGACUCGAUGGGUUACGUC